GGAAUUUUAUUUAUUUAUAUUAAAUGAGAUAUUGUAUUCACAUUUUCACAUCGUUCGUGAAUAUAACGCUGGCUGAAGCCUGUAGCCCAACGCCGUUACCCAACUCACGUUAUUGUCAUUAUGUCUCCAAGCAUAACAAACGGCGCGUUUUGACCGUUCGGAUCCUCCAGGAUAGCUUAAAAGCCCUCGACCUACAUUCACCCUCGUCCUCCCCACUUUGUCUCUCUGUGGGAGCGGUAAAUUUUCUCCACCAAUUAGGGUUUUUUUCCCAUUUCUGUAUUUCUUGGCUAUUUGACUUCUGCCUGAGAUUUGGACUGUUUUGGUUGAAAUCUGUGGAAUCUGAAUUGCGAGAAAUUUCAAGAAAGGGAAAUAACCCUAGGUUUCGUUCGAUCCUCAACUUAGAUAUUGAUUUGCUUGAUGCAGAAGAUCGAUCGAUUAGAGAGAUGAUGGCUGCGAGUGGAUCUUCAUUUUGGUGUUACAGAUGCAACAGGUUCAUCAGGGUUUGGGCUCAAGAUGCAAUCCUAUGUCCUGAUUGCGGUUCAGGAUUCGUGGAGCAAAUCAACAAUCUCUCUCGAUCUCCACGGCGUCGUCGACUUCCAGGAUCGGCAAUGUACCUCGAAAAUAGGAAUGCUUUGGAUCAGGAUCCGGUUCCUAGAAUUCGCCGGGCCAGGAGGAGUGGAGGUGAUCGGUCGCUUUUCAACCCUGUUAUCGUCCUCCGCGGUUCUGCAGAUGUAAAUGGCAGUGAAGGUGGCGGUACCAGUGGUGAAAGGGGAAACUUUGAAUUGUAUUAUGAUGAUGGUACAGGAUCGGGACUUAGGCCGUUGCCUGCUAGCGUGUCCGAGUUCCUGAUGGGUUCCGGGUUUGAUCGUCUUCUUGAUCAAUUGGCACAAUUAGAAAUCAAUGGAGCUGGGCGGUGUGAGCACCCUCCGGCUUCAAAGGCUGCUGUUGAGUCUUUGCCCACCAUCAAGAUUGUUGCUAGUCAUGUUUUGAGUGAGUCCCAUUGUGCUGUGUGCAAAGAACCUUUCGAACUUGACUCGGAGGCUCGUGAGUUGCCAUGCAAGCACAUUUACCAUUCUGAUUGUAUCCUUCCUUGGCUCUCUCUCCGUAAUUCUUGCCCUGUUUGCCGCCAUGAGUUGCCUACGGAUUCUCAUGAAGGUGGAAGUUCAGGACAUCUGCAGUCUCCCGGUCUGACAGAAGAAGACAAUGUGGGGCUAACAAUAUGGAGACUCCCUGGUGGUGGUUUUGCAGUAGGAAGGUUUACUGGAGGAAGACAAGCUGCAGAACGUGAGCUUCCUGUUGUUUUCACGGAAAUGGAUGGCGGAUUUAAUCCCAGUGGUGCUUCCAGAAGGAAUCCGUGGGUUGCAAGUGGAAUAAGAUCAAGAGAGGGUGGUGGAUUCGGACGUGUUAUGCGCAAUUUCUUAUCUGUUUUUGGGAGGUUUAGAAUUUCAUCCUCUCGAUCUAGUCAAGAAACUGGGUCUAGGCAGGGAAGUCACCCUGAAACAGUGUUCGAGAGAUCCUCAAGAAGGCACAACCAGUCUUGAGCUUCCGAUGAUAACAAUGGAAUUAUAUGAUGGUGAUUGCUCUUUUGCAUGUGGUGAAAUUCUUGUUGUUUUAAAUGUCUAUGUUCCCUACCUGAAUCUUAUUGUUGUAAUCAUUCUAAAGGAGGAACACAUGUGAAAAUGUAUGAUUUACUCUCUGUAGAUAAUGACACUUAAAAAGAAAGGAUGAUUUCGAAUUUAAUAUAUAUCAAUCAGAAUGGAAAUUUCAACUGUUA